AAAAAAAAAAAUCGGUCAGGAACACCAUCCGCCAUUGUGCCUCGUAGAGGUCGGAGGGAAACUUUGAAAUUAUACUCAUAAAUAAGGAACAUUAUGUAUUGCUAUCUAAUUAUCUUUGAAAAUUUUCCUUAUGCUGGGCGGAAUACUCAAUAACUAAUUGUGUUAUGAUGCCUAACGUUAGCAUUUGAGAACAAAGGUACUAAACAAUUUAUUGAUGCUACCGAUAAUGCUAACAACCCCACAGGAAAAGUAGAAUCAACAGCACAAGUAGAAGAAGACAAUAAACACACCGACCAUAAGAUGUCAGCAUCAUUAGGCGGGAAAUCGCUGGCUCUGAGUCACGGAGCAAAGGUAAAGGCAACGAAACAGGAUGGUUUUGUCAGAGUGAGGAAAAGAGAUUUAGAGAAGUUAACCACAGAAGUCAUGCAGCUGAGGGAGUUCCUGCCCAGAGUUCUGAACGGGGACCUGAUUGAAAUGCUGCAUAAAGCUCGAGCAGCUCAGACAAUGAGGGAGAACCUUGCGCAGGAACAAGAGCAGUUGCAACAGGAGUGUCUGCACCUUCAGUCCCGACUGGAUGCAGUGCAGACUGAAUGUCAGAAAGAGCGAGAGGAGAAGCUGCUGUUACGUGAGCAGCUGUGGCAGAGCGGAGCAGAGCUGCAGCAGCAGGCAGACUUCUGCUCUGGUCUGGGAUCUGCAGCCUGCAGUCUGCUGUGGAGCUGCUCUGCCAAGGAGGACACUGUCACACACUGGCUGGCUGAUGGUAAGCUGCAGUCCUUCCUGGCCGUAGCUGCUCAGACUCUGGAGAGCUUCGUCAGGUCUCUGGAUGAGGAGGUGAAAACUCAAACUGAGGACCACAACUCCCAGGACCACCAGUUUGUGCUGGCUCUGGCUGGAACCAUUACUAACAUAGCAGCUGUAACGUGUGGGCGGGACUUCCUGUCAAGCUCGGCUCAUGUCCUAAUGGACACUCUGAUGAAGCUUCUGGAGCUGAUGAAGCCUGGUGUCUUCCCCAAACUGAAAGUGUUGAUGCUGAUGGCUCUGUAUAAUGUCAGCAUUAGUGUUAAAGGACUGAAGUACAUCACUGAGAACCCAGGACUCCUGCCUCUCAUCUGGACCCUGCUGGACGAUGGAGACUGGGAGGUGUGUCUCCACUCUCUGCGUCUCCUGCAGUCAUUGUUGUUGGAGGAGGAGGUUCUUCUCCUGUUGGGCUCCUCUCUGCUGGAUCCAGACCUCCAGGCUCGUGUCAGCUGGCUCACCUCCAGUGUGCAGCCCAGCCUGAGACUGGCUGCCCAGCAGACCCUGGAAGACCUGCAGGCCCUCCAACAGGGUCGGGGCAGCCUCUGAUGUGGAUUCAGUAUCUUCAGUCCAGUCCUCCUCCUGUGUUAACUUCCCUUCAUGUCACAUUAGAUCUGUCUGUGUUUGUGCUGUUACUAGCAUGUGUAAAGUGAGUAGAAAAUGUAGAGAUAAAAGUUUUCAUCAGUUAAACCUAUAUAUUAAAGUAAAAGGAACAGCCUUUUAUAUCAAAACUUUUAUAACUUUUUUUACUUGCACUGUUGAGCCUUUAGAUCUGUUCAUAUGAUUGUGUCUUAAUUGGUUUGUUACUUACUUAAUGAAUAUGAUAAUACAGGUUUGUACAAGACACAUUAAAGAUGGUUGAUGGUUGAUGUUUGCACACUUUCA